AUUUAAGUAAUACAGAUAAGUCUCAUUGAAUAAUUGAAGCCAGAUUGUGAGGUAAAGUCUAUUAUUAUGUGCAUUUUAAUUCUUAGCAUUAAUUUUUAGCAUUUAAUUACAGCCUCAUAAGUACAAAUAAAAACAGGACUUGCUAUUGUUGCCACCUAUUUUCUUUAAAGGUGAUAAGCAGCAUCUUAUUUGUGUUAACACAAGUCAUCCACAUAACAAAUAUAGAUAAGAAAAGUGGCCAGGUGUGGUGGCUCAUGCCUCUGCUGGGACAGGGAACAGAGGGAUGCGGAGACCCUGAAGAUGCUUUUGGACAGUGGUCUCCGGUUAGGACAGUGGCAGGAGAUACCAUUCACUCAGGGUCUCCAGGACAAGAGAUCAGCCUGGCAGUUACAUGUGUUUCUUUUCAAACUGGUUGCCAGGUUGGGCUGACCGAUGACAUCAGAGAUUCCGACCUUCCUGAUUGGAAGGACCGGACUCUGUGGGCACCUGGAAGUUCAGUUGGUUAACAGCAUCUUCUCAGAGCUGAUCUCCACUCCUGACUUCUCCCAGCCUCGAGAAUUGAUAACGCACUUUUCGGGAUCCUACCAGUGCCCACGAGAAGGCCACGGACAGAACAGAGACUAGUUUCCGUGAGAGGGGACAGAUUAUGGGAAACAUCAUGACCUGGUAUCUAGCGCACCCCCAGGAUGAGCAGAGCCCCCAGCGGAGCACCUCGGGGUACCCCCUCCAGGAGGUGGUGGAUGAUAAAGUGUCGGGACCAUCAGCCCCUGGGGUAGAUCACAGCCCCCCAGGUAGGUCCCUUUGCCGGAAAAGGAAGAAGGAGUGGUCGGACGAAUCUGAGGAGUCGUCAGAGGAGUCACAGAAGGAACUCAAGCGACAGCGAGUGUUGCUCGUGCUCCCUGAGCACCACGAGGCCUUCAACAGGCUGCUCGAGGAUCCUGUCAUUAAAAGAUUCCUGGCCUGGGACAAAGAUCUGAGGGUGUCAGACAAGUACCUCCUGGCUAUGGUCAUAGCGUAUUUUAGGCGGGCCGGCCUCCGCUCCUGGCAAUACCAACGCAUUCAUUUCUUCCUGGCUCUCUACCUGGCCAAUGACAUGGAGGAGGACGACGAGGCCCCCAAACAAAACAUCUUCUACUUCCUGUAUGGGAAGACCCGCUGUCACAUACCCUUGUUCCAUACGCGUCGGUUCCAGUUAUGCCGUUCCAUGACCCAGAGGGCCAGGGAAAUCCGCUCUCAGAUAGCCUUGUUCCACAAGCUUCGGUUCCAGUUCUUCUGUUCCAUGCGCUGCAGGGCUUGGGUUUCCCCGGAGGAGUUGGAGGAGAUCCAGGCUUAUGACCCACAGCACUGGGUGUGGGCGCGAGAUCGCGCCCGCCUUUCCUAGAGCUCCAGGGACCGUGGAGGCCUGAGGUCAUCGGCCUGAGAGAAGAACACUGGGCCCAGGGGAGAUGCGGAUUUUCAGCAGGAACUUUAUACCAAUGCUAAUGGCAGACACCAGGAAGGAGGAGAGGAGCCAUUUGUGCAGAUCAUCUAGAAGAACCUGGAUCGUUCUUGAUGGAGCUGAAUACAGUGAUCACGUUGUCCUCCUGGGAGCAUGGGUGCGGGUGGGGGGUGGGGUACUUCUAGGAGUCCUUGGAGAAAAGUAAGAAACCA